CGCAAGGGCGGGCUACGUCGCUGUAAGGGAAGUAGCCCCAGCGGAGGCUGGGCUCGGCUCCCGGGCGAAGGUGGCGUCUGUCCUGGGCCCCGGACGAGGCCGCGGCUGCCUUCAAGUGGGGCCUGCUGUGUGCGCGCGGGGUGCCGUUCGUGCUGACGGCCGUUUCCACGGACAGCUCGCGGUGGCGCCUCUGCGGCCGGGCUAGGGAGAGGCCGGCGGCCGGCAGCUCGAGCCCCAGGUCCGCCGUGGAGCUGCUGGGUAAAAGCAAAGACGCCCGUUUACGUUGGAUUCGCAGAAACAGAACCGUUUUUGGAUUCUAAGCAGGAAGAUGCUACCAAGUACUUUGGUGAGUUCUUCAAUGCACGGGAACGGAGUCCUGAAUUCCAGGGAUGCUGCAAGGCACACAGCUGGAGCCAAACGUUACAAGUACCUCAGAAGGCUUUUUCGAUUUCGGCAGAUGGACUUUGAGUUUGCCGCAUGGCAGAUGCUCUACCUGUUCACUUCCCCACAGAGGGUUUAUAGAAACUUUCAUUACCGGAAACAAACAAAGGAUCAGUGGGCCAGAGAUGACCCCGCUUUCUUGGUCCUCUUAAGUGUCUGGCUCUGUGUGUCCACCAUAGGAUUUGGCUUUGUGCUGGACAUGGGAUUUUUUGAGACAAUAAAGCUGCUCCUGUGGGUUGUAUUCAUAGAUUGUGUAGGUGUUGGUCUUCUGAUAUCAACUCUAAUGUGGUUCAUCUCCAACAAGUAUCUGGUGAAGCGCCAGAGCAGAGACUACGAUGUGGAGUGGGGCUACGCCUUCGACGUGCAUCUGAACGCCUUUUACCCGCUCCUGGUCAUCCUGCAUUUUAUCCAGCUCUUCUUCAUCAACCAUGUUAUCCUUACAGAUACAUUUAUUGGAUAUUUAGUUGGAAAUACUUUGUGGUUGAUUGCUGUUGGCUAUUAUAUCUACGUAACCUUCCUGGGAUACAGUGCACUGCCGUUUCUGAAAAAUACAGUCAUCCUGCUCUAUCCAUUUGCGCCUCUCACUGUGCUGUACGGGCUGUCGCUGGCGCUGGGCUGGAACUUCACCCACACACUGUGUUCCUUCUACAAGUACAGAGUGAAAUGACAGUGGCAGCGUUCUAGCCAAACUGUCUGCUGUUGGGAAGGGACAAGCUCUUGUAAAUCUGUAAAUAUCUUAAAGAUGGAACGUUUACGAAUUUGAGGUGAUCUUAACACUAUUGUCUAGACCAUUCCUUAAAACUAAUUAAAUGUACAUUUCUAAUAAAUAUUUUUAAACUAAA